AUAGGAAUUAACAAAGGAUAAUUUACAGUUCGCUCAAUGUUGACAGUUGAGAUAUGUUUGUAGAUCCGCGUAGUUCACUGCGUCAGCGAGUACUUCCGGUCCACAAGGUCGUCCGCUAACAGCCUCACCGUUGGAGUGUGUCUUGAUACUGGGAACCUGAAUUACUUCACAUACCGACCGGACACCUCCACACGAUGGACAGCUACGAUCAUAACUCAUCGGAGAAGGCAGAGGCGGCGGAGCUGCAGCGUAUGAUCGCCAUCGAGCAGCAGAAAGCCCAGUUUCAGGCUCAGGUGCACAACUUCACAGACGUCUGCUGGGACAAGUGUAUAGACAGCCCCGGCUCGAAGCUGGACAGCCGGACGGAGACUUGCCUGGUGAACUGUGUUGAGCGCUUCAUCGACACCACUCUGACCAUCACCAACCGCUUCACACAGAUGGUUCAGAAGGGGGCUCAUUGAGCAUGCCAAGGACGCAACCUCUUUCUGUUAAUUCAAGAGAAAAGGGUGUCUAGGACCCUGUAAUGGGAUGGAAAGCUGGACAUGCACUCAAUAUGCCUGGAACCUCGGAGAAGAUGAUGUGGAUCAUAUCUCCCGAUGGAAAGAAGAGUCCCCCACACUGUGCAUUGUUUAAUGUGUCUUUAUGUUGUACAUUCUGCUGACAUUUUACCUUAAAAUCUACAACUGUCAAAGUGUCCCCUUGUAUUCCCUAUGUAUUAAGGCCUUUAUUAAACAUUAACACUGAUUACCA